AUGGACUGCUGGAGCAAGAAGAUCCCACAGAUUCCUCUUCGUACUUGCAGUCGAAUCGAGGAUCGGUGCCAAGCAGCAGAGUGUAAAUCUGAGCUUGGCGAAGAGCGAUUAGCUGCUGAGCUAAUCGUCGUGAACAGUGAGCAACCGAUUGCAUUGGUUGCUCAGGGUCUUAUGGUUCCCGUGGGCGGAAGGGUGCGCGGGCCGAACCGCCACCCGCCAGCCGCCACGUCCGAGUGGUGGGGCUGGUGGGACUGGGACUCCGACUGGAGUUCCCAGUGGGACUGGAGGACCUCCCAGCAGGAGGAGGCCUCUUCCAGCCAGGCACCAAAGGGUGCCAAGGGGAGCGGAGCAGCCGAAGCUCCAACUCGACCGCGCCGCCCUCUCAUAGGCGAGCGCACCGAAGCCCCGAACCAAAACCGGGGCAGAACAGCCGAGCCCGAGAAGGGCAAAGGCAAGACCGGCCCGAGUGCGGGCCGCCCCGCAGCUGCGCAGCCCGCAAAGGGCAAGGCAGCACAAGCAAAAGGAGCAGAGCAGCCCGCAAAGGGCAGGCCAGCUCCAGCAGGCAAGUCCGGCAAGGGCAAGCCUGCGACCCAAGAGCCUGAGCAGGGUUCUGGGAAAAAGAAGAACCACCGAGGUGGUCGUUCUCACGAGGCCCGCGGCGCCGAAAGGCGCGAAAGAGAGGGUACAGACCCGGUCGUCCUCGUAGAGGGCCCGGGGACUGAUAUCCCAGAGCCGCGCACUCCGGAGCAAGCUCCUGCGGGUGCCGGCCAGGGCUCGGAAUCCUCCUUGGACACCGCGCCGGUGCCCAAGGCGCCAGUCUUCACAGGCCCCGUGCCUGGCGAGGACACUCCAGACUUCGGGGGAAGCAACUCCGAAGGAGAGCGGGAAACCCCGCCCGCUGCUGCUCCAGCUUCUUCCUCUGGCGGGGUCACCCCUGCUAAGAAGGAAGAGCCGGCAGAGCGGGUUGCCCCGCCUGCCUCCGCAAAGGCGGCCGCAGAGCCAGCCGAGGAGGCAAAGCCAGAAGCCUCACCGAAGGCAGCGCCCAAGGCGGCCGAGGCAAAAGAAGAGAGCUCUGGAAGCCCCAGCUCCGAAGCUGGGCAGGAGCAAGCAGCCCCGGCAGAGCCGAAGGUACCGAGAGGUGCUCCGGCAGCCAAAGCACCGACGGUGAAGGCGCCGCCACCUCACUUGGGACCACCGCCUCCGCUAAAGGAGGAACCCAAGGCCGCACAGCCAGGGCCAGCAGAGCCCGAGGCUGCGGUACCUCCCGCGCCUCGGGAGGAAGCUCCAAAGGAGGAGCUAGAGCCCACCUCGCCGGCCGACGAAGGUGAGGAAGAGGAGUCCGAAGAGGAGAGCUCCGAGGGCCAAGGGCCGUGCCAGUUCCUAAACGGACUCAGGCACGCGGCUCGCAACAGGCCAGAGACCCCUUGGGAAGGCAACCCAAGGCUGGCAGAGCAGUACGGAGAAGCCCUGGUCUUGCUGGACGAGAUCAGCCAGGCCAUCUUCGACGCCUCAAGAGAUGCUGCGAUUGGCGAGUUGUCGGCCCAGAGACAACAGGGCCUAGCUGCAGCAGCCGCUACGGCGGCAGUCGCCACGGCGGCACCCGGGCGAGACGACUGGGAGCGCUUUGCCUUUCAGGCAGAGUCUUACCUGGCGGCGCCACUCCAAAUGGCAGCCAUGACCGAGGAAGUGCGGACCCUCAGCGUCCGCCUCUUCGGCAUGCUGGGCAGUUGGACCCAGGACUCCGCCACAGCUGUGAAGCUGGCGCGCGGAGUGAAGGGCCAAAAUGGGUUCGAGCUCUGGCGUCUCCUGUGGCAGGAGCACAACCCAGAGAAUGAGUCCAAGAACCUCACCUGGAGGCGGACCCUGCUGAUGCCAAAGUUCCCGCCAAAGGAGAGCGACUUCUCCUUGGCUCUGCAGGAAUGGGAGGCAGAUGUGGACCGCUACGCCUCCGAGUAUGGCGCGGGGCGCGCCCUAGCAGACGAAGAUCUGCGGGCAGUGCUGGUGACCGAGAGCCCCAAUGCUCUUCGGCAGCACCUCGCUAUGCACGCGGCGAGUCUUUCGACUUAUGCCGAGGUGAGGGAGGUAGUGGUGAGCUACUUGCAAGCCAAAAGGGUCUGGACCCCGAGUGCGGGCUACGCCGCCUCUUCCCGAAGGGACCCUAACGCCAUGGACAUUGGCAGAAUAGGGGACCGAGACGGAAAAGAAGGGAAGGGCAAAGGCGACAAAGGCAAGAAAGGGGACAAAGACCACAGAAAGGGCAAGGGCGACCACGACAACAAAGGCAAAGGAAAAAGGGACAAAAAGGGGAACCAGCAAGGAGGCAGAGACGGCAAAGAGAGAUGCCCCAUCUGCUGGAAAACGGGGCACACCGUAAAAGAGUGCUGGUUUAACGCCAAGGGAAAAGGCAAAGGCACCAAGGGCCAGGUGGCCCAAGUGGCCGACGACGCGGCCACGACGGUGUCAACAGCCUCCUUGGCGACUGCGGGUCCCUCCGCGUCCCAGGCUGGGGGAAGCACCGGCGGCUCUGGCGGCAAAGGCCAGGUGCGCCAGGUGCGCGACGACCGCAUCUUAGGUGUGCGGUUUGCCCCGCCUCACGACACCGAGCCGGAGGAGGACAAAAUCCUCAAGGUGUCGGGGAGUCUUCUUGUGGACUCCGGGGCGUGUGUGUCCGUCUGCAGGCCCGAGGCGUUUCCCGACCUGCAGCCCGCGGGCCCACCAAAGAGCCUUUACUCGGUGGACAACAGCCGCCUGAAGACCAAGGGCCGUGUCCAGCCGAACCUCCUCUUAGGGGAGGAGCGCCAGUCCUGCAAGGUCAACUUUGAGGUGACCGAGGACAUAGAGGACGAAAUCCUCAGCAUCAGCCGUGCUGUUGAGGCCGGUGCGGGCAUUUGGCUCCACCGAGAGGACAGCCACAUUUUGUGGCCCGACGGCGUCCGCCGGGACCUGGGACACUACGACUAUAUCCCGGAGCAUGACCUCGAAGCUCGAGAGGUAGAGGACGCGGCGAUGGAAGCAGCAGCCGACGAAGAGGCCGAAGCUGCUGAAGAGGAGGAGGCUGCGGGAACGCGCCGAGCACGAGCUCGCGAGGACCCUCACCGCCGCCGUGAGCCCUCGGAUGAUCCGGUGACGCCGCUUGUCACCAUGGAUUAUCAGUUCUACAGCCGGGACGGGAAAGAAGUUGAGGAAGAAGCAUCGCUUGCCACGGUGCUGAACCUCACAGACAGGGCCACUGGUUGGACUCUGUCAGUUCCCGUGGCGCACAAAGGGCACAGACAUGCGGCUUACGCCGCAGGGCUUGUGGAGCAGUUCGUGGACCGCCUGGGGUACGACAAGUUCACCCUGCAGGCCGACCAAGAGAACGCCAUAGCCUCUGUGGCCCGUGCGGUCCACCGCCGGCACGUGGCCUGGCUGCAAGCCCGGUUCGGGACCAAGUCGACGGACGGGGUGACACCAUAUCGGGCAGCCACUGGCACCGACUAUGGUGGAGCACUUUGUGCGCUGGGUCAAAAGCGCGACGACUCCCAUGUGGUGCUAACCGAAGCUGGAAACGGAGCGGCUAGAACCGCCCGGCGAGCCCUGGCUCCGUCCGACGUGGAGGCAGGACCUUCCGCAGCAAGCGCGCUGCCGCAACAAGCGGCAAGCCCCGCCCCAGCCGCCAACGACGGCUCAGGCGAAGGGGGGCAGAAGCGCGACUCUGCGGGUUCCUCCGCGAGCGCAGCGGCAGCACAGCAGCCACCUGCAGCAAAGAGCCGGGUGGAGUGCAAGAAGGCACCGCGGCUAGGAGCGCUCACAGAGCGCGAGGUGUGGCAGCACAUCGCUGACCCGCCGCUCACCAACCACAAGGGCGAGCGGGACGCGUGGGUUGGGCAGGUGACAGACCUGCUAGACCGGAUGCUCUACCCCAAGCAAGUCGAGCAGGCACGCAAGGAGCAGCUAAGAAAGCUGUGGGACCGAGGCGCUUUCACGCCUGUGCUGCGGUCUGAAGUACCGCGCGGGGCGCAGCUGUUCAGGGCAAAGUGGGUCGACAAGUGCGACAAAGGGCGGUACAAGUCAAGGUGUACCUGUGCCGACGUCAAGGCCCGCUACAGCCCAGAACAGGAAGCUGGCUUGGACGUUUUCGUCCCAACGCCAACGCCCGAGAGUCACUCCCUACUUGAGGUAGCAGCGCUACACAACGAGGGGUGGGUCACAAGGUCUCUGGAUAUUGUGGCCGCCUUCCUCAUAGGGAAGGACCGCGGUGCGGCGGAAGGCCGCCCGGUCUACAUGUACGCGCCUGUGGAGUGGCGCGAGCUCUUUGACCAAUGGGUCUUGGAGCAGCCUGCAAAGGACCAGCAGUGGUACCGAGACCACUUCAGGGACUUUGUGUUCCGAGUGGACGGCAACCUUUACGGCCGAAGAACGGCUGGUUCCGUCUACAGGGACGAGCUGGAAGAAGUCCUCACCGGCAAGCUGGCCAAGGACUACGACUUCCAGCGGGGCGUGAAGGACCCGCGCGUGUACCUAGACCGCCGGUCCGGCCUAAUCCUUCUCCACCACAUCGACGACAUCCGUGUCGCAGGCCCCAAGGCCGUGCUGAAGUUCACGGAGGUGGACCUCCCGACGCACUGUGAGAUAACGGUGGGAGAACUGGAAGAGCCGGGCACAGCGGUGGAGGUCCUGGGAAGGACCAAGGUGCGCACAGAGGACUCUAUCCUCACGCUGCCCGACAGCAAGCACGCUGAGAAUGUGUGCGAGCAGCUGGGCAUCGGUCCAAAAGACAAGGGGACCGUGCCUAGCAGACCUCUAGACCUGACUAAGGUCGAGGAGCUCUCUGCGAGUGACGCCGCGAGGUUCCGCAGCGCCGCGGGUAGUGCUAUCUACCUGUCGGCGGACAGGCGAGACAUACAGUUCGCCGUGAAAGAGCUGGCGCGAAGAAUGCAGAACCCCAGGGUCUGCGACUGGCUCGCUGCGGAAACCCUCGCGCGAUACCUGCGGGCAACCCCGCGGUUUGGAAGGGUAGUUGUGCUGGACCCCGCGUCCAAGAGCACAGCCCUUCUGAACUUGGAGGUCUACUCCGACUCCGACUGGGCAGGGUGCCCAGAAACGAGAAGGAGCACAGACAAUAUAGUUGCCUGUCUCGGGGGAGCAGUCAUCCAGACAAGCUGCCAGACACAGCCUGGCCUCCCAGCCACCUCCAGCGGAGACGCGGAGAUCCGGGGAGUGUCACGAGCAGCAAGGGAGGCUGUCUUCCUACGAGAGCUUGCGGAGAAGGACUUUGCCCUAGUGCGGCAAUCCCUGCCCUCCAUGGGCAUGGUAGACCUCGAUGCGGUCGCAGGCGCCACCGAGGCUCUGGCCCAAAAGGGCACGAUCAAGUCGAUCCAGGCUAGCCCCUGGAAGAUGAGACCGCCGACCAAGCCUGCAAGCUCGGCGCUCAUGGCCACAAUCGUGGCGCUGCAGGUUCGACCUGCUAAGGCCCAAGGGCACGACUUCGCAGAGCUGGUGCUCGGCUUCGCGGCCCUAGGCUUCCUGGCCUUCCUGUGGAUGCUUUGGGGUUUAGUCUCCUGGCUCUGCAGGUGCAGGCGUGACAGGCAGGAGCCGGAGCCCGAGGAAGAAAUCGAGCACCACGCCGAGCGUGCCGUAGAGCCGCCGCGUGCAGCCCAAAGGGCCACGGAGGUCUGGCUAGGGCCAGAAGCGCCGCAAGAGGCGCAAGAGGAAAGGUCCGCCGCCUGCGGCAGCUCCUCCACCACCGCCGCCCGCUGCACCAAGGGUGCGGCGCAGGCGUAG